AUGGCGGACCAAAAUAUUUCGCAGUACAAGUACUCGGCGAUGUCCAACCUGGUUCUCCAGGCGGACCGUCGUUUCAUCAGCCGCGUCAACGAUGAACCAACCGGAGACCCGGAGUCCCUCGCAGGCCGCAUUGGAAUCCGAGAGAUGGGUGGCCAGGUAGCGCGCGACCAUGCGCCCAAGUCGAAAAAGAAGGCAGUCGGCCCAACAGAUAUUGAGCGCGGCAGCAUCCAUGAAGGCGAAGACGUACUGUUGCGGGAACAGAAAAAGCGCCUGCGCGGUCAGCCGGCACAGCAACGAGGCCAAGGCAUCCUUUCCGCCGCCGAUGCACUCGUUGAAGGCUUGAAAUAUCGCCCUCGAACACCCGCCACACGAGCCACUUACGACCUUAUCCUUACGAUCACCGGUGGCCAUUUGGGCGAUGUCCCGCACGAAGUCGUUCGCAGUGCCGCCGAUGCCGUCUUGGAAUACCUGAAGGAUGAGGAGAUGAAGGACUUUGACAAAAAGAAAGAGAUUGAUGAUCUUCUGGGUAGCUCAAUGAACCCGAAAGAGUUUAACGAGCUCGUCAAUUUGGGCAAAAAAAUUACGGACUACGAAGCCCAAGACGAAGACGAAGAAGUGGAAGGCGGCAUGGAAGAACAGGGCGCUGAACUCGAUGAGCGCCAAGGUGUCGCUGUUGUCUUCGAUGAGGAGGAUGAGGAUGACGACCGCAUGGGCACCGUCGACGAAAUCCGAGACGAUGACGAGCUCACCGAUGAGGAAGAGGCUGAUGAGCAAGAUCGACCUGAUCUUGAAGCCGCCCAGGACCUUGAAGACGGUGACGAAAUGGUCAUUGACGGUGGCAUGGGUCGGGGCGAUAAGGCUCAGGAUAAAACCGGGCUGAAUGUCCCUGCUCGUGAAAUUGACGCCUACUGGCUGCAGCGUCAGAUUGGCGCCAUAUACUCGGAUGCGCACACCCAGCACGAGAAAACUCGUGACGCGCUCGAGAUUCUUGGUGGCACGGCGGAGAAUGGCACUCUACGCCCAUUGCGCGACGUCGAGAAUGACUUGAUGGAGCUUUUCGAUUACGACCAUCCCGAUCUUGUUGCCAAGUUAGUCACCAAUCGCGACAAGGUCGUCUGGGUGACCCGCUGGCGAAGGGUCGCUGAGGAUGCCGAUGCGCGCAAUCUCGUGGAGAGUGAGAUGGUUGAGGCCGGCCACCGGGCAAUCCUGGACGAGAUCCGUGGCAAAACUCGCGAUGAACUUGCGGAGCGACCCGAAAAGAAGAUCAAGCUCGACCUGAUGGACGUCGAUGUUCCUUCAGGACCGACAGAAGAGAAGCCUGCUGCUGCUGCCGAUGGUGGAUUGGUCGGCGGCCUGCAGCCGCAACGGCUGAUCAACUUGGAAAACCUUGUCUUUCACCAGGGCAACCAUCUCAUGACCAACCCCAAUGUCAAAUUACCCCAGGGUUCUACGAAACGGACGUUCAAGGGGUACGAGGAAAUCCAUGUUCCACCACCCAAAGCCAAGAAAGAGGCCGGCGAGAAGAACAUCCCGACCACUGAAUUGCCUGAUUGGGCGCGUGUCGGAUUUGGCAGCUCCAAGGAAUUGAAUCGAAUUCAAACCAAGUGCUAUCCGUCCGCCUUCCAUGACGAUGGUAACCUGCUUGUUUGCGCCCCCACGGGAUCUGGCAAGACCAACGUCGCUAUGCUCACCAUUCUUCGUGAAAUUGGCAAGAACCGCAACCCUGAAACAGGAGAGAUUAUGCUCGAUGAUUUCAAGAUCGUAUACAUCUCCCCCUUGAAAGCUUUGGUGCAAGAACAGGUCGGAAACCUUGGCAAGCGUCUUGAGCCCUACGGUAUUAAAGUCGCCGAGCUUACAGGAGAUCGACAACUCACAAAGCAGCAAAUCGCCGACACUCAAGUCAUUGUCACCACCCCUGAGAAGUUCGAUGUCAUCACGAGAAAGGCUUCGGAGACCAGCUACACCAGGCUCAUCCGUCUCAUCGUCAUCGAUGAAAUUCACUUGCUUCACGAUGAUCGUGGUCCGGUAAUUGAGAGCAUUGUCAGCCGGACAAUCCGCCGGGUCGAGCAGACUGGAGACCCAGUGCGGAUUGUUGGUCUUAGCGCUACUCUUCCAAACUACCGUGAUGUCGGUAACUUUUUACGGGUUGAUCCUGUCAAGGGUCUGUUCCAUUUCGAUGGCUCUUAUCGGCCUUGUCCGCUUAAGCAGGAGUUUAUUGGUGUCACCGACAAGAAAGCAAUCAAGCAGCUCAAGACGAUGAACGAUAUCUGCUACAACAAGGUUUUGGAGCAAGUCGGUCAGCGCCGGAACCAAAUGCUUAUCUUCGUCCACUCCAGAAAGGAAACGGCGAAGACUGCCAAAUAUAUUAGGGACAAGGCGCUUGAGAUGGAAACCAUUGGUCAGAUCCUGCGCAGUGAUGCUGCUAGCCGCGCUAUUCUGUCAGAGGAAGCUGAGUCUGUCGAUGAUCCUUCGUUGAAGGAUCUCUUGCCUUAUGGACUCGGUAUUCAUCACGCUGGUCUGGGUCUGGCAGACCGUGAUUCCGUCCAAGCUCUGUUCGCCGAUGGUAGUAUCCAGGUUCUCGUGUGUACAGCAACUCUGGCUUGGGGUGUCAACCUUCCCGCGCACACCGUCAUCAUCAAGGGAACCCAGGUUUACUCUCCCGAGAAGGGUAGCUGGGUUGAGCUGAGUCCUCAAGAUGUUCUGCAGAUGCUUGGCCGAGCUGGCCGACCUCAAUACGAUACAUUCGGCGAAGGUAUUAUCAUUACAUCACAAGCCGAGAUCCAAUACUACCUCUCGCUCCUGAACCAGCAGCUGCCAAUCGAAUCACAAUUGGUCAGCAAACUUGCGGACAAUCUGAACGCCGAAGUCGUACUCGGCAAUGUUCGCACCCGUGACGAGGGUGUUGAGUGGCUUGGAUACACAUACCUCUAUGUUCGCAUGCUUCGCUCCCCAGGCUUGUACAGCGUCGGUGCCGACUACGAGAAUGACGAUGCCUUGGAACAGAAGCGAGUUGAUCUCAUCCACUCGGCUGCCGUCAUUCUUGAAAGAGCCGGGCUCGUCAAGUAUGAGAAGAAAACGGGACGUCUCCAGUCGACUGAGCUUGGACGGAUCUCGUCGCACUAUUACAUCGGCCAUAACUCGAUGUUGACCUACUCCCAGCACAUACAGCCCUCCAUCACCACUAUUGAGCUCUUCCGGAUCUUCGCCCUUAGUGACGAAUUCAAAUACAUCCCUGUUCGCCAGGAUGAGAAACUCGAGCUUGGCAAGCUUCUGGGCCGUGUGCCGGUUCCCGUCAAGGAGACUAUCGAUGAGCCGCAUUGCAAGAUUAAUGUCCUGCUACAGGCCUAUAUCUCGCGACUUAAGCUUGAAGGUCUUGCGCUGAUGGCAGAUAUGGUUUAUGUCACGCAGUCCGCGGGACGUAUCAUUCGGGCCAUUUUCGAGAUCUGUUUGAAGAAAGGGUGGUCCUCGGUGGCCAAGACUGCCCUUGACCUUUGUAAGAUGGCCGAAAAGCGCAUGUGGCCAACGAUGUCCCCGCUACGUCAGUUCCCUGGCUGCCCGCGGGAUAUUCUGCAGAAGGCUGAGCGAAUCGAUGUGCCGUGGGCCAGCUAUUUCGAUCUGGACCCCCUCGCAUGGUUCCCCCGCCUCGAGGUCCAGGCUCAAGUACAGCCCAUAACGCGAUCGAUGUUGCGGGUGGAGCUUACCAUUUCGCCGAAUUUUGUCUGGGAAGAUGCUGUCCACGGCACCGCGCAAGAUUUCUGGAUCCUCGUUGAAGACUGUGAUGGAGAGGAGAUCUUAUUCCACGACCGCUUUUUGCUGCGGAAGGAAUUUGCGCAGGCCGAGGUGAAUGAGCAUCUUGUCGAAUUCACAGUCCCAAUCACUGAGCCAAUGCCGCCCAAUUACUUCAUCUCCUUGGUGUCUGAUCGUUGGAUGCAUUGCGAAACGAAGAUUGCAGUGUCUUUCCAGAAGUUGGUCCUUCCUGAGCGCUUCCCUCCCCACACGCCUUUGCUCGAUAUGCAGCGUGCGCCAGUCAAAGCCUUAAAGCGUGCGGACUACCAGCAACUCUACCCUGAUUGGGAGCACUUCAACAAGAUCCAGACCCAGGUUUUCAAGUCCAUCUUCGAUACUGACGACAACGUGUUUAUUGGUGCCCCAACUGGUAGCGGCAAGACGGUCUGCGCCGAAUUAGCCCUGCUCCGCCACUGGUCAUCGAAAGAGAGUGGCCGGGCUGUUUACAUUGCCCCUUUCCAAGAGUUGGUUGAUCAACGUCAUACAGACUGGGAGAAACGACUGAGCAAGCUUGCCGGUGGUAAAUCAAUUGUCAAGCUCACUGGGGAGACCACGGCCGACCUGAGGCUCCUUGAACGCGCUGACCUGGUUCUUGCCACACCUGCGCAGUGGGAUGUGCUGUCUCGUCAAUGGCAACGACGCAAGAAUAUUCAGACCGUGCAAUUAUUCAUCGCCGACGAGCUUCACAUGCUUGGUGGCUACGGUGGAUAUGUGUACGAAGUGGUCGUGUCUCGCAUGCAUUACAUUGCUCUCCAGACCGAGAACGAGAUGCGCAUCGUUGGCCUGAGUGUGCCCCUUUCCAACGCCCGCGACAUCGGCGAGUGGAUCGGUGCCAACAAACAUACGAUCUACAACUUCAGUCCCCAUGCCCGCCCUGUGCCCCUGGAGCUUCACAUCCAGUCAUACACUAUCCCGCAUUUCCCCUCUCUCAUGGUCGCAAUGGCCAAGCCUGCCUAUCAUUCGAUCCUGCAGUUGUCUCCCGAUAAGCCUGCUCUUGUCUUCGUUCCCAACCGCAAGCAGACACGGUCAACCGCGAUGGAUCUUUUGGCGGCUUGUGCCAUGGACGACGAUGAGGACCGCUUCUUGAACGCCGAUGCCGAUGAGCUGGCUCCAAUCCUUAGCCGUGUUCAAGAACAAACUCUCGCCGCCUCGCUCUCUCACGGUAUUGGUUAUUACCAUGAGGCCUUGAGUCAGACCGACAAACGUAUCGUCUCGCAUCUGUUCACCAUUGGCGCCAUCCAAGUGCUAUUGGCUUCGCGUGAUGUCUGCUGGGAGCUGGAUCUGACUGCUCAUCUGGUUAUCGUCAUGAACACUCAAUUCUAUGACGGUCGUGAACACCGGUACAUCGAUUAUCCUAUCAGUGAGAUCUUGCAAAUGUUUGGCAAAGCUUCUCGUCCCGGCCAAGACAAGAGCGGUCGUGGUGUGUUGAUGGUGCCGGCUGUUAAGCGUGAGUACUACAAGAAGUUCCUGAACGAGGCAUUGCCCGUCGAAAGUCAUCUACAGGUGUAUUUGCACGAUGCCUUUGUGACCGAAGUCAGCACGAAGACUAUUUCGUCGACGCAGGAUGCGGUCGAUUGGAUGACAUACACCUACUUCUACCGCCGUCUGCUUGCCAACCCAAGUUUCUACGGUCUAAGCGAUGUGAGCCAUGAAGGUCUGAGUACGUUCCUGUCGGAGCUCGUGGAGAACACACUGAAGGAACUGUCCGAAGCCAAGAUCAUUGACUUGGAUGAGGAAGAUGACACCGUUUCGCCAUUGAAUGCUGCUAUGAUUGGCACGUAUUACAACAUCUCCUUCAUCACUAUGCAGACCUUCUUGCUUUCUCUGUCGGCUCGCACAAAGCUCAAGGGCAUUUUGGAGAUUGUCACAUCGGCCACCGAGUUUGAGUCCAUCCAGAUGCGUCGUCAUGAGGAUCAUAUUCUUCGUCGUGUGUAUGACCGCGUGCCUGUCAAGAUGUCGGAGACCGCAUUCGACUCGCCUCACUUCAAGGCACUUGUCCUUCUCCAAGCGCACUUCUCCCGAAUGCAACUGCCCAUCGAUUUGGCCAAGGACCAAGAGGACAUUAUUCGCAAGAUCCUCAACCUGCUCAGCGCGUGUGUCGAUGUUCUUUCUUCUGAGGGUCACCUGAACGCAAUGAACGCCAUGGAGCUGUCGCAAAUGGUGGUCCAGGCUAUGUGGGAUCGAGACAGUCCGCUCAAGCAAAUCCCUCACUUCGGUCCGGAGGCCAUUCAGGCGGCUCAUGAGUACAAGUAUGCACCCUUCCGCCCCAGUUUCGAACUAGUUGCUAACCUCGUCUUGUGCAGUAUCAACGACAUCUUUGAAUUUAUGGAAGCCAUGAAUCCCAGCGAGAAUAAGGAUUACGCGACGCUGGUCAAACGUCUGGGACUCAACAACAAACAGCUGGCGCAAGCAGCAAGCUUCACGAACGAGAAGUACCCCGACAUCAAUCUGGACUUCCAAGUCGAAGAUCCCGACAGCGUCACGGCGGGCGAGCCAGCCUACCUGCAAGUCAAGAUCGAGCGUGAAGUGGAAGAGGACGAAGAGCCUGACACCACGGUGCAUGCGCCCUUCUACCCCAGUCAGAAGAUGGAGAAUUGGUGGCUGGUAGUCGGCGAGGAGAAGACCAAGAACCUGUUGGCUAUUAAGCGGGUCACUAUUGGUCGGCAGCUCGAAUUGCGCCUGGAAUAUGUGGUGCCCACGCCUGGCGAGCAUGAGCUGACGUUGUACUUGAUGAGUGACAGCUAUGUUGGAGUGGAUCAGGCGCCGACGUUUACGGUGACUGCGGCGGAGGGGAUGGAGGAGGAUGAGAGUGAAGAGGAGGAGGAAGAGUGA